AUGGGGCUUGCACUAGAUGCAUCAGGCAGUGAAAGUCUCUAUGAGGGUCCCAAAAGGGACAAGCAAACAGAGGACCAGAGGUCUUCAACUCCUCCUCUGUCAUCCCAGCCAGCUGCUGAGAAGAGUUCAUAUCUCUACUCCACGGAGAUCACACUGUGGACAGUGGUGGCCGCCAUUCAGGCCUUGGAGACGAAGGUAGAUUCCUGCCUGGCCCGCUUGCUGACUCUGGAGGGGCGCGCGGGGACAGCUGAGAAGAAGCUGGCCGACUGCGAGAAGACGGCCGUGGAGUUCGGGAACCAGCUGGAGGGCAAGUGGGCCGUGCUGGGGACCCUGCUGCAGGAGUACGGGCUGCUGCAGCGGCGGCUGGAGAACGUGGAGAACCUGCUGCGCAACAGGAACUUCUGGGUCCUGCGGCUGCCCCCGGGCAGCAAGGGGGAGGUCCCCAAGGUGCCCGUGACCUUUGAUGAUGUGGCCGUGUAUUUCUCCGAGGUGGAGUGGGGCAAGCUGGAGGACUGGCAGAGGGAGCUCUACAAGCACGUGAUGAGGGGCAACUAUGAGAUGCUGGUCUCCCUGGAUUAUGCCAUCUCCAAACCGGACAUCCUUACCCGGAUAGAGAGGGGAGAGCAGCCUUGUCCCAAAGAUCACUGGGACCAGGAGAAGGGGAAUGAGGAGGAGGCAGCAUGCCCAAGGAAGCCGGGAGCUGGCCUCCCUGCACACCCAGAGCAUGCUGCCAGCCCGCUCAGCCCAGCCCAGGAGGAGCCAAGAGAAGCAACAGACCCUGAGCAGCAGCGAGACUUGGAGGCAAGAAUGACCCCACCCAGGCCAGGCGCCGGUGGUGGUGUGGCCAUCAAGACAGAGGCACAGUCUGAAGACAAGAUGAUGCCGGAGCAGCUCUUCCUGGGGGCGUCCCCAAGCCAGACCCAGUGUAGAAUCCCCAAAGGUCCUGGGAGCAGGACUGGGGGCCCCAGCAGGCAUCACUCCGAGGGUGUGCCCAGGGUGCGGGUCGGGGAGCCGCGGCCACCAGGGGCUCCGGGGGAACCGCCCCGAGUCCUCCCUCGCAGGCGAGAGCGGGCCUUCCCCUGCCCUGACUGCGGGCAGAGUUUCCGCCUGAAGAUUAACCUGACGAUUCAUCAGCGGACCCACGUGGAGGAGGAGCCCGGGGAAGCCCGGGGCAGCUCGCCCACCGGGUUGGGGCCAGGCCACGCCGCCCUGGAGCCGGGAGAGGUGGUGGUUCCGGGCCCUGUCAUCCGCUGGCUCCCCGAGGAGCCCGAGGGCCACCGCUCCGUGGCCGGCCGUGCCUUCAUGGGGCGGAGGCCAGCGACCACCAAGGUAUACCACUGCAGCGAGUGCCUGCGCUUCUUCCAGCAGCGGAAGAGUCUGCUGCUGCACCAGCGCCUGCACACGGGCAACAGUCAGGGCUGGCCUGCCUGUCCCUACUGCGGCAAGGCCUUCCGCCGGCCCUCGGACCUCUUCCGACACCAGCGCAUCCACACCGGCGAGCGGCCGUACCAGUGCCCCCAGUGUGGCCGGGCUUUCAACCGGAACCACCACCUGGCUGUCCACAUGCAGAUUCACGCCCGAGGCCAAGCGGGCCCGCACUUCCUGGCUCCUCCUGCCCGCCAGGGGAGCCCGCCCUGGCCGCGCCCCAGCCGGACUGAGGAGGGCUGA